AUGGGUAGAGCUUACUUCCUAGAUAAGAUUAUGUUUAUAUUGAAGGGUGAAGAUGUCAACCGGACACUUGAAGGUGGGAGGAAGCCUCUGCACUACGCAGCAGACUGUGGACAGCUUGAGAUUCUGGAAUUUCUGCUAUUGAAAGGAGCUGAUAUUAAUGCUCCAGACAAACAUAAUAUCACACCACUCCUAUCAGCAGUCUAUGAGGGCCAUGUUUCCUGUGUGAAAUUGCUUCUGUCAAAG